UAUAUGCAAAAUGUACAAGUUUUUUUCUCAAUAAUAUAGUUUUGAUCUACAGUUUCAAUUUUACAUUGCAAAUCAUUUGCAAAAAUGAUUUGAAACGUAUCUCAAUCCUAUUCAAUACUUAUAUUUAUUGUGAAACUAAUUAUUAUUUUAUGCAAAAGAACAUGAGCUAAAAAAUCAAUGUAAAUGUGCCUUGCGAUAUGACCAUGUAGCAGAUGAAGGAAAAGUUUGGUUUGUUGAUUUAAAACUAUCAUAAAAAGUAUCAUGGCGUCAAAGACCCAUGUGGACCAUACCGUUAACGAACGUCGUUUACGUCCAAUAUACAAUUGGUUGGAUAAUGGAAAUAAUAAAAAAGCUCUUCAAGAAGCAGAUAAAGUGCUUAAAAAGCAACCAACUAAUCAGUGUGCCAGGGUGCUCAAAGCUUUGGCCUUAUUACGACUUGGCAAAGAAAAUGAAUGUCAAACUAUUAUGGAUAAAGUACGCUCAGAAAUUCCUUGCGAAGAUUCUACACUGCAAGUUAUGAGUAUUUGUUACAGAGAAAGACGUCAGCCUGAUAAAAUUAGUGAAGUAUACGAAGCUGCAGCAAAAGCAGAUCCUAACAAUGAAGAGUUAUUAACACAUCUUUUUAUGUCUUAUGUUCGUCUUGGAGACUAUAAGAAACAACAACAAACGGCACUUGCCUUAUAUAAAUUGAAACCAAAAAAUCCUUAUUAUUUUUGGGCUGUGAUGAGCAUAGUUAUGCAAGCUAUACAUGCAGAUGAAAACUUAGCUAAAGGAAUUACUUUACCUUUAGCAGAAAGAAUGGUACUAAAAUUAGUUAAAGAAGGAAAAAUGGAAGCAGAACAAGAAGUACAACUUUAUUUAAUGAUAUUAGAACUUCAAGAUAAAAGUGAAGAAAUGUUAAAUGUUUUAUCUGGACCCUUAGCAUCACAUCUUUCAUCUGUGUCCCAACGUAAGGCAGCACUUUUAUUAAAAUUAGAACGUUUUCCUGAAGCUGCUAGUGCAUAUAAAGAACUUAUUAGUGAAAAUACAGACAAUUGGGCAUAUUAUAAAGACUAUCUCUUUGCUGCACUUAAAUUUCAAAAACCAGAAGAAUGUUUAAAUUUUCUUAACAAAAUUAUAACUAUGUCGGAGAAAACAGUAAGAGCUCCUUACCUUGCAAAAUUCGAAUUAUUAAAACGUACUAAAAACGGAGAAGUUAUUGAAAAUUGUAUUGAACCAGUAGAUUUAAUGUAUCAAUAUUUCUCGAAAUUUGGGGAAAAAGACUGUAUAGUUGGAGAUUUGCGACUUUAUUUAGAUCUGUUAACUCCUACUGGAAAACAACAGUUACUUCAAAAAAUAGAGGAAGAUGUAGGUGUUAAGGCAGAAGGUUUUCCAAGCACUGUACAACAAAUGCAGAAACACAUUCACUUAGAACAAUUGCGACGCAUUUGUGGUUUCCAUCAUUCUCCAAAUGCUGAUAUAAACAAGCAAAAACAAUUGAUAGAACGAUUAUGUAAAUUAUACGAAAAGGGCAAUGAAUUGUGUCCAAUUCAAGAAAGAUUACCAACAGAUUUUUGCCCUGCAGAUUCUUACAUUCUUUUAGCUUCACAUUUAUUACAUGAAUUAUUUUAUAAUACAAAUGACGCAGUUUAUCUUUACAGGGCAAUGGCAUUAUUAGAACGUGGUUUAUUAUCGAGCCCUGCAAAUUUCCAUAUAAAAAUUUUACUAGUACGAAUAUAUUUAGAAGCUGGAUUAGUUGGGGCAGCCGAUCAUAUUUUCACGUUAUUGGACGUUAAACAUAUUCAAUUAGAUUCGUUGGGUUAUUUACAUACACCAUUACUUGCUCCACUUGGCCACCUUUCGUUAGCUUCCAUAACUUUAGAUCAUGCUACUAAAUUUUUCAUUGCAAAUUACAAAGAUAGCGCGGAUCAUUUAACGUUCGCCUAUAAAUAUGGAAGUUUUGUAAAGAUUCAAGAAUUUGUGGAGUUAAAAGAACGAUUGGAAAAUUGUUUUCAAUUUGUCAUGACUACUUUAGAUAAAAUGCUUUUGGAAUUAAGUUGGUGUAAUAGCCCUACAACUUUGAUUUCUACGUUAAGUAAUAUGGAUAUUCAACUUAAGGAGGAUUCGAUUCGUUUGAAUUCGCUGCGGGACAACCGUGAUUUAGAGGUUGUUCGUGGGUGGGAACCACUCACAGAAAAUGGCGAAGAUCUCAGAAUGCAAGAAGAAACACGAAUUUGUAUGUUAAGAUUAUUUAUGGCGAGAAAUUUAAUAUUGAAAAUUAUAGCAGCGUGUGUGGCACCCGAUAGUUCCUCUCUUCUUACCCGUUUUUCCGACGAACUAAAGCAGUUGGAUAGCGAAGAAAUUCCUUCGAUUCUUCAAGAGUUUGAACCAGAAGGAAAGCAAAAUAGGCCAUGUAAAAUACUAGUUCCUAUGGAUGCAGUCGAAAGGUUACGUGAAGCCCAUUAUUCUGAACAGUUGAAAACAAUUGCUCGACUUGUUGAAUGUUUUGCUAAUUCGCGUUACCCCGAUUUUGAGUGCAUUCAAAUGUUACGUGCAUCUCCAUGCCUUCAGACAAUAGAUAUCCCGGAGAAGGGAAUUCCAGUGUCUUUCAAGCAUUUUUUACUGAGAGCAUCCACGUGUAGUGAAUCUCUUGCAAUUAUUAGUGCCAUAUGUACUUUAUGGGCGAUGCAAUUACAACCUCAGACUUCAGAGAAGAAAAAUAAAAAGAAGUGUAACAAGCAAAUAGCACAUAUUCCAUUAAAUGAUAAUGAUCAUAAUUGGAAGGAAAUUGCAAUAUUACUUUCAGAGAAAGUAGAUAAUUUAGAUUCAGUACUAACAGAAUUUGAAAAGUAUCAACUUAACACUGGACUAGAUAAUGAAGAUGAUGUUUGUGCUGCGAUACUCAAACAUGGUCAAGCCAGUUUAGGACAAAGUUGCAGAUCGUUAAAGUCUCGAGCUCAAAUCACGUUAAAGCUAUUAAGCAGUUUAAAAAGCUGAAACUGUACAAACAUUCUUGUACAAAGUAUAUCCAUCCAACCAUUUACUGA